AGAGAAUGUACGUAGAUGGGAUUUGUGCGGAAGAGGGGACAACGGAUGCACAAUUAGAAGCGGCGAUGGGCAAGGUGUUUCGCGAAAAACAAGGAGGUACGAUUAAGGCUCGACAAGAACGCAAUUCAUUUCCACGAGCGAUUUCUCCUUCUUGUUCUCUCCUUCUUAGAAUUUUCGGGAGAAAUGUACGCAAGAAAUGAAACGUUUUGGGCUCUAAUGUUAGUAUGCUCAAAGGACUGAAGGAAGAACUGGAAGACAGGAAGAAAUUGUUGGCUAACUCGAUUGCAGCAAAAAUGCCGCAAGUUGAACAAAUGCGCGCCUUUGAGGCCUCAGUGUUCGGAGCGAUGGGUAAAGCACUGAACAUUGUCGGUAUUGAGGAUAAGGGAGGCGCUUCUUCACGAGCAGUCCUGGAAGGUUCGAAGGACGCGGCUGGAAUGAAAAAUAUCAUUCCAUCUUCUACUCCGACUGCUGCAGGAACGGUGAAUCCCAGCACGAUCAUGGCCGCCUCUCCUAGAACUGCAGCAAUGAUGAAUCCCAGCAUGCUGCCCAGUCAGUCCUUUUUACAAGUAGAUGGACAUGGAGGUGGUGGUGAUGGAGGAGGAGCUGGACCGUUCGCAUCAUCUUUCUCCAAGUCCAGUAAUUCUCACGUUGCACCAGGCUCCAGUCAAGAACAAGAUCAUCAGUAUCACGCUGUUGGCUUCGUUGAUGCCUCCGCAGAAGGAGAAGCAUCUUCAACUGGAGGCGCUACUGCAGAGACUGUAGUUGAUAAAGGAGCGAAGAUAGACGUAGAAGAUGCAAGUAGUAGUACUGCGGACGCUGCAGCGACUAGUCACGGUGCAGGAGAACAACUCGAUCCUUCUGCAGCACCUGCAUCUUCAGCUUCAAUUUCCUCGUCAUCUUCAAGCCCAACGGCUACAACUGCAACACCAGGCUCUUCUUCAGGUCUAACUCCUGCUCAAGAGGAGUUCUUUCAGAAGGAAUUUGGCGUGGAUCUUGCCUCCGCUUCUCCGGAGACGAAGGCAGAACUCAAAGAAGUCUUCGAUCCUCGCAAGGGACCGCCGUCGUAUGGAAAAUUCGAUGAUUGGGUGGAGAGCGCGAAAGCCAGAGAUUUUCCUGGAGCGCAUAUGCCGCCAAACAAAGCAGCGUUUCUGCACAACGCCGCAUCCACUUUCGGCGCUCCUCCUUUGUCGCCGGCGCUCGCAGCUUCCUUGGGUCUG